UGCGCACAACUGCAAUUUGUCCAUGUCAGGUUAAUAAUUUCAGCGCACUUUUGAUACAAGUACGAAGUCUGAGUGCAGUCCGUUACAGACCAGCAUGUGGGAGUGUUAAUUCCACGAGAUCUCCCAAGUCCCGCGAUAUUCACUCUUGAGUAUUAAUAUCGCGAAUAACAUUGAUUGAUAAAUACAUUCCAUUAAAAAAAGUCAAUCCGUUUUGUAACUGAAAAGUCACUUUGAAGUGAACAUCGAAACUUUUCAUUGAUUAAUUUUCAUUAAUUAUUGAAAUAAUACUUAUUAUUUGUGCAUCGUUGAGUUAUAUUUUUUAUCGCAAUGUUGUUUAUCACUCGUCCAGCGUUUAUUAUUGUUUUUCUCUCUAUUCAUGCCAGUAUUGGAAUGGAGCUGAAGUUUUUGAAUAUCAUAUUCCGUCAUGGGGACCGAACGCCCAGUGAAGAUCCCUUUGAAUCCUUUCCAACUAGCCCAUACGUGAAUUCAACCUAUUCACCCCACGGAAUUGGACAAUUGAACAAUAGAGGAAAGUUACGAGCAUACGAGCUGGGGGCCUUCAUUCGUCAGCAGUACAAUGAUUUUCUCGGCAAGAUAUACCAUCCCCAUGAGAUUAUCACCCACAGCUCGGACUUGGAUCGGAUAAAAAUGUCCCUCCAGCUGGUCCUAGCGGGGAUAUAUCCUCCUGUUCCUGAACAGCGCUGGCACCCGACAUUGAGCUGGCAGCCAAUUGUCUGUGACUAUCUUAAACGAGAGGAGGAUUUGAUGCUGUUCGGGAUAGAGUGUCCAAAACAUUUAAAAGAGUUUCAAGCGGUUUUGGCCCUCCCAGAAGUCCAAGCUGAAGUCGCGAAGCACAGUGGUCUAGCAAAAAAUGUGUCCCAAUUUAUCGGAAGGCCCAUUUCUGCAACCAAAGAUUUCUUGAACCUCUACAAUGGACUGACGUCCCUCCAAGGAAUGGGACUCCAACUCCCCGAAUGGACAGAUGGAAUUUUUCCCAAUGGAUCGUUACUAGACGUAGCCACUUUGCAUUAUCGACUCUUGAGUUAUAACGACAGAUUGAAAGCUUUGAAUGGAGGGAUGAUCUUGAAGAACUUCACGGACAAUAUGCUGGCGAAAAUCAAUGGAGAUGGACCCUCUGACCUGAAGAUGGUGAUAGUCAGUGGGCACGAGAUACACAUUGCUCUUCUUCAACUGGCCCUCGGGGUCUACGAUAAUCACCACGUGCCUCAAUACUCCAGCGCAAUUUUUGUUGAAUUGCUCGAGGAAAUGAGUAAAUAUUACGUGAGGAUAUAUUAUUAUCUAGGGAUCCCCCCCGUCAGGAGAAGGAUAGUAAUCCCUAGGUGCAGUGAGCCUUGUCCUCUCGAGAAAUUCGUGGAACUUUAUGGAAAUGUGCUCCCCACUGACUCCGACAUGACAUGCGAGGGGCCGAACAAAUCUUAGAAAAUAGGAAUUGUCUGUUCAUCGGAGGUGGCACGGACGAGAAAAUUUGAGGGAAAAUCUGGAGAAUUCAGUGAAAAAAUAGAGAAUAUUUCGUUAUAUCAAGUAAUAUUUGGUAAAAAAUUCUCAUGAUUUUUUUUUUCAAUUUAUUCUUUAGGUCGUACGACAAUGCAACUAAAAAACAUCAUGAAAUCACAAAUUCUACGCGAAUAUAAAAAAAAUCGGUCUGAACAAGGACUAAAACGUUUAAUCUGAACUGAAAAUAGGCAGAAAUCCAGUCGAAUUCUCCAGUUAAUUUUCUUCUAUUAAAUUUUUUCGAUCGUAGUUAAAAUAAGCCCAAGUAUUGUUACUAAAACGACAAUAAGAUAAUGUUAUUUAUUGAUAAUAUAUCAAAGAAGUGAUUUUCCCA